CUUGUAAAUGACCCUAACCAUGACGUCCAAAGUCAUUUAGUGGGCAAAAACUGCUACUUUUGAUUGAUUGAAAGGGCAAAGAAUUUUUCAAAUAAAUCCUCUACAUUGUCUCUGAAAUAGAAAGAGCGAAACAUUUCACAGCCAUGGUCACGUUCAUGUACAUGUAUUUAUAGUAUUUUGUUUUCAAGUGGCACCUAAAAUUACCGUGGCCCCGAAAAACCCAACAGAAGCAACAGUUGGUCAACCUGUCUCCAUAGACUGUGUCGCUGAAGGAGACCCAAAACCUACCAUCCAAUGGGACAAAAAUUUGAAAAUGAAUGCUUUGGACCCGGCGAGGUUCCAAGUUCUGCCGAAUGGAACCCUUUACAUUCAGGAGGUUAGAAAGGAAGAUGAGAAUAAGUAUGGAUGCAUUGCUGGAAGCAGUGCUGGUUUGAAUAGAAAGGAGGUCCAGCUUCUUGUUCAUUCACCCGAAGGUCUUCAUCCAGAUGCGGAUGGUGAUUCCACAGUAACUAAAGCUGUAUUGAUAACGAUGUCAGUCGCUGGGGCAUAUAUUGUUCUUGUUAUUGGUCUAAUGGUGUGGUGUCGCUAUAGAAGACGGUCCAGGAAGUUGCCUAUUGGUGAUGCUUCUAAAACCGAAAAUGGUGAUAUCGAACACACAGAACUGAAGGACACGGUUAACGGCAGUGGUGGUGCUGUACCAAAACCCAAGGCAAAUGGUGUUGAAAACCAUAAGGAAGGACAAAAAAGUGACGGUGGUGACACGGCAAACUCGCAGUCUUCGAAGGAGUCGAAAAAAUCUACGAAAUCGAAUAGUUAUGAUAAGCUGGCUUUAUCUAGAACGCAUUUGAGAGAAACCAAACUAAUCGGAAGGGGUGAAUUCGGAGACGUUAUGGUCGCCAAAGUAUCUCGAAGCAUCCUACUAUCAGAAAAGAGGAAUUCCAAAAACGGUCAAGCAUCAGGGAUGGCUACAACACCCACAGAAAAUCCUCCUGAUGAAAAAGAAAUCACUGUUCUGGUUAAGGCCUUGACUCAAACUAAAGACGAACAUUGUCUGGCAGAAUUUAAGAGGGAACUGGAUCUAUUCACAAAGUUAUCGCAUGAAAAUGUCACAAAACUACAUGGGCUGUGCAGGGAAGCUGAACCACACUAUAUGAUUUUGGAGUAUACUGAUUGGGGAGAUUUGAAGAAAUUUCUGCUCGCUACACAAUCAGGGAACACACCGGCUUUGACGCCUGUCCAAAGUGUUGGAAUUCUACAUCAAAUCAGUCGAGGAAUCGAACAUAUUUCCAACAAUCGAUUGGUCCAUAAAGAUCUAGCGGCCAGGAAUUGUCUCGUCACGUCGAAACUUGUCGCUAAAGUUAGUCUUCCAAAACUGACUAGAGAUCCGUAUAGUCAGGAGUAUUGCAAGCAUGUUAAUCAGAUCAUACCACUGAGGUGGCUUCCAUAUGAAGCGGUAUACGAAGACGAGUACUCCACAAAAAGUGACAUGUAUUCAUUCGGCGUACUGAUGUGGGAAGUUUUUGCAAAAGGAGAGUUGCCGCACUCGAAAGUGAACGAUAACACUUUCCUCAAUAAGCUCAAAGAGAAAAAGUUGGAGUGGAAACCGCAUUCUGACACCCCAGAACCAUUGAUAAGAAUACAGGAAACAUGCUGGGACCUAGACCCACAAAAGAGACUCUCCUUCGCAGAGCUCUCCAAAGAGAUCGAGGAUGUUCUAAAAUCUUUGUAAAUAUUCAAGGCCAAAAAUGGAAAAUUUUAUGAAAUAAUCGAAUUGUUGGAUUGUAUAGGCUUCCAUACAAUGAAAAAUGAGUCUUCUUAAGCAUAGUGAUUAUGACAUAAUGUCAGUCUUCUUAAGUAUAGUGAUGUGUGUAGUUGUAUUUGUUAAUUUAUUUUUUGACAUUGAGUGCGAAUGGUUUUAACUUAUUUUUCGAUCUCAAAAUCGUAUUGACCCCCUUUAAGAAAGUAAAUAGAGUGUAUGAUCAGAUAAAGUUGGUUUGACCGAUCUUGAAAGUUAUGCUUGAAAAACACGUUUUUAUACCAUAUUUCACGAGUAUCCAUCACGCUUUGACGUCUACAGCAGAGCAGCAAAUCGGGUGUAAAUCUAGUAAAACAGGUUGGUUUUUGUGUACGCAAAUGAACUUUUCUAAGUAAAAGAGCAUUUGGCAAGUACAAAAUAAAUCUGUAGCUUACAAAAAACCAUUGACGGAUCCUUAGAAUUACACGAUGUGUCCUUUGCCUAGAUGGGGAAUUUUGAAAUACAUAUUACCAUAUAAUCAGCUGUCAUUCUACCGUGAUGAAUACUCAUGAAACAGGGUAUAUCGAUCUGUAAAUUUGGUUAAGGUGAUUUGACCCUAUAUACCUUAAUUUGGAUUGAUCCAAAUUUGGAUACCUUUGGAGGCAAUUUUCAGAUAUAGUUUCGCAUGUAGUCUUUCCUUACUGGUAGAUCCGUCAUUUUCGCUUUUGCUGAAACUUUUGUACAUAGUAAUUUAGUUCCUUAAUCUUUAAGCUUUAAUUUACAAAUAGACAUUCAGUACUAGGCAGUUAAUAGAUAAAAAAGCCUAUAUUCAAGCCUAGCUUCAAUUUAGAAAACAAUACAAAUGAAUUUAAAAAAUAUUUUUUUUGGCUCGGUAAAGUAUCAUCGAAUAGUUAUUUCAAGUUGUUGAAAACCCAUUCUAUACUGAAUUUAAAAGCUAACGAUACAAGCAUUUCUCAAAAAAUUGUACAAGAUAAUCCAUGAAAAAUUUUCUGGUAAUAUUUUAUCAGUUUAUAUGAUAGAAUGUUUUUCAAUGCAACUUUUAUCUCUAUUAACUGGAAACAUCACAAAUACAAUUUUGUUGCCGAAGGCUUUCUCAAAUAUGUGUACAUAUCAGUUUUAAGUUACUGUCAAGGCUAUGGAGCAUAUCACAUAUUCUUAAGUGAAACAUGUACAUUGAAAAUCUCAGAGCCAAUGAACACUGCCAAAAUAUUCUGAAAUUUAUUGCGAUGUUGAUUGAAUUCGACAAAAUGUACAGAAGAGUCUGAUUUUCUACUUUUGUACUAAUACGUUAUAUUGUUAUUUAUAUAAAUGAAAACUGAUACACAAGUCUUCACAGCCGAGUGAUUAUGAAAUUUGUGUAUCUUUGUGGCCGGCGAGAAAAGGUGGAGUCUCCAUUAAGCUGGAGUCUGACUGUUAGGCCAAGGAAUGAGAUUUUAUAUCGGGAAAUUCUACUUUAAAUGUGACACUAUAUUUUUUUAGUGCUACCGCUAGAUUUUUGCUUCCUAAUGAAGUAAUAAGUCUGUUGUAAUAAUUAUAUGGUCGGUAUGGUUGGAAAUUAAACACAUCGUUUAAGCUGAUUUGUCGCCAGGAUAAACAACCUAAGCGUAUACAAACUUCUAUUCUUUUUAGUAGAGAAGAAAAUAUGCUACAAAUAUUUAUUCUACAUCGACAACUUGGUGGUUCUUGGAGUAUAAGGAGGGAGCUUAAAAUUCGUAUCAAAACUGUCGCGCGAUAUACUCUACACGCUAGAUACGCUGUCCACUUAUCCAGAUACAGCAUUAUUUCACUUGGAGAUAACUUCAUAAUCAUUAGUUAUUAUAAGUAUAAUCAUAUUAGACGAAAAUACCACUGGUCUGUGAAAUAAUUGUAAAGUCUGGUUUUAUUGCUGCAAGCUCUUCAAAGGGGUCAAAACAUGGACACAUAAAAUGGGUAUACCAAUUUUUGUGGGAAAACUUUUUAUUCGACAACAAAGAAUGAGAAAACGUAUUUUUUGGGAUUCAAUUGAAAGUGUUGGCGGAACGAAAAAACUCUUUGUAUAAGAUUUUUAGGUAUUUAUGAGACCUACAAAAUGAGACCACACGCUGUUGGUAAUGCGACGAUGGUAUCUCGCAGAUAUUUGAAAUUCGUAUUAUUCGUACUUCUAAAUAACCACAACAAAAUUGGGGUAGAUUGGUCAAGUAGUUUUUGAGAAUUUCUAAUUGUUUAUCCCAAAACACCUAUUUUCCGGCCAUCCCUGCUAGUUUAUUGAGCAAUAUACAGGGUUCGUUCAAAGGGCAUUCUAUAGCAAAAUACACUAGUUUACCUUACCGAUAUGAAUCGCAAACAAUUCCGAAAGAUAAAUGUUAUUUUUAUGCGUGGCUGUAAAAAAUGGAUUCACUUGUAAAUGGUAUUCCUGGUCAUAGGUAAUGAUUUAUGCAGGUAUCACCACGUGAAAUAAUGUUAUAUGCUGUUAAUUACCUUUUCUGUAGAAAAUUUUAUUCUCUAAAAAAAUAAUAUUGGUCUUUACACGUUUAGGUUGUUUUUUAAGCGAAAAUAUCAUUACAUGUAGCUUUACCAUCGAAUUUCUCAUAACAUGUUGACUAUACAACAAAUUUUCAUAGAAGCAAAAUGAGAAAGAAUUCAAUUCCCUACAAAAUUGUGUCAAUUUGGUCUUUACAUAGGAUCGAUGGUUUCAAAGAUUUCGAUAAAACAGCGACAGAUGCUCCAUAUCAUGGCACCAGUAUGAACAUUUUAGGAAGCAAUAUUGUAACGAUACCACCACACCAUCGCAAACAUUUUAGAAAAAAUACCUCUUCCAUGGCCUACGAGUAUGUCAGAUAGAUCGACUCACGCGAAGUCUUACAGCUAUGCUAAUCCAACCGAACGCAAAUAUCAUGAUUUUCUAAGAUUUUGAAGGCAUCCAAAAAUAAAGUUUCUUCAAUUAUAUGGUUGCAAUAAUUCUGGUGUAGUCUCAGAUGCUCAAAUAAAAGACUUGUACCAGUCUCCAAAAGUACGACUUUUUAAUUUCUUAGCUUAAAUAAGAGAGACACUAGGUACUCAACAUCAUGAUACAAACAGGGUGAUCAAGAAACAAUGACAAUAUUCAUAAAGCUGAAAAUACAUCCAGAAGUAACACAAAAGCCCCUACAAACGUAUGCCCUAAUCUCAUUACCGACCUAUAGGGAGUUGUACAUUUUUACGAAUAACUGAAAGACUGAAUAAGGCCGAAACAUGGUAUUGCUCGAAUUAUGAUUUGAUGAGAUAUGAUUACUCUCAUAAUAUAUUACAUACAAUAUCAGCGUAUUUUCACAGAAUAACAGCAGAGUUCUUACGUAAAAGAAAAAACCUAAAAAAUGUCACUAUGCAAAUAUUUCAUUGCGCGCUUGCUACAAGUGAGCAUGAAGUGAACGAGAGCUAGUUACAAAUUAACGUCUUGUUGGAAAACCUACACAAUGUAAUAAAAAACCUACAUAAUGUCAAAAAAGCGAUAAUGUCACUUUUUAAGUUACGUAAUACCCCUGCUGGUUGAAGCUUUUUAUACGCAUUCUACGUCAAAUAUUCAAAAUGUUUCUCCAAAAUCGGAUAAAAAUUUCGCAAGAUUGGCGAUUCAUAUAAAAUUGAUUACCCUAUUGAAAAAUGCAACAGAUGUUUUAAAAAAGACAGUAGCAUAUAAAAUAGUUUUCUUUUUUCUUUUGUGGGACUCAACAUUUACAAAUCUCUACGCCCUUGGUGGAGUGUCAGUGACGAAUAUUUUUGUACGAAUUGCCUAUGCUGUUAGUUGUGCAUGAAUAAAAUUUCAUAUCAGUAUCUUAAGAACAAAUUUUUUGAUUUCGUUACUAAAACUUUAACACUCUGUAUGUUGGUAAGGCGGCAUUUUAGGGCCCUUCUUUAUACGAAUUUUUCAUGUUAUUUUUGUACCUACUUUCUUCGUAAAAAAUAUUGCCUCAAUUUUCUUAAUCACCCUGUAUAUUUGUAUAGAGCCUAAAAGUAAGCUUUAUUUAAAAGUUAGAGUGCAUAAUAUGUUGAGCUUCGCUGAUUUGGACUUAUGUGUGCAUAUAGCAAGUCUAUUUGUAACAAUGUAUUGAGAAAGAUAGGUGUUAUGCUUUCAGAGGUUUGAGACAGAAUAUUUAUAUGAGAGAUCAUUUCCGUAUAGCUUCAUAUAUGCAUAUAAUAUUUAUAUGUAUUGUUUAUAAUGGUUGUUCUAGAGGUAUAGAACUUUGAAAUAUGGUAUACACAUUUUAAUACAUAAGAUUAUGCCGCUAAUGAUUUCUGGCAUACCAACUUCAUGUGUUUCUAUAAUUUUGUGAUUUUUUUUAGUUCUACACCUCUAAAAAACAGCACAUGUUUAACUUCGCACAUCCCCUUCUUCAACAGCUUGCUUGGAGGGGAGGGGUAUUCUCAAUACUUAAUACAUUCUUAUGUACGUUGGCUUUAAUCGUAACUUGUUAACAAAUAAUAGUACAGCUCUGAAAUAAAUGUGAAUAUUCCACUUUUACAGUAGAAUCCUUUUCCUCCAAAAAUCUUUACUUUUCUUGAAAACCCAUUUUUCAGCAAAUAUUUUUGAUAUGCACACCAUGAAAUAAUCACAUAAAGAGUAUUAAGAAUAUGUACUCCUUGAAACAAUCAGUUGAAAAAGAGGGUUGUACAAGCUUAAGGGCAUAUUAUAAUCUACAUCGAUACGAUGGCUCUGUGUGAAUACAAGCUUUAUCAUUAAUUGCUUAACCACUAGAUAUGAAUUUCAAUUUUAAAUCACGUUUAAACUUGUUGUCCACAUAAAAAUGAAUAUCAUAUUUUAAACGUUUUCUUUAUAACGUCCGCUGCUGCCCAAUUCGAGAACCUUCAUGUCAAACAUUGUUGAGUGACAUUGACACACGGUACAUGUUGCUGGUAGUAAGGGUUAAAGCUUGAAAGUAACGUUGAAUAUUUUUGCUUGAGACAUCGUUAUAUGGAGCUAGAAGAGAGUAGAAGCAAAUUUAUAUAUUUACUAGACUAAUCCGUCAAUCUCGUUUGCGUGAAAGUACUGGAAAGUAUAGGUCAUUCUUUUUGCACUAGUGUAAAGGAGAUUGAUUUCGGAGAAAGAAAUGCAAUAUUCAAAUAGAUACUUUAGCAAUGAACAUUUGAGGACACAAGUGUAUAAAGGUGUCAUGUAACAAAAUCAUUGUAAUGGGAAAAUUGACUUCAAACAUUUUUAGUGGGACCUUUUACGUCAUUGAAAUUUUAAAUAUUUAGUUUAAUUAGUUUAUUAUCUUGUUUUUACAACAAAGUAAUCACAGAAUGAAAGAAUCACUCCUUAAGUUUAGUUUAAUACAAAAAAGCAAUUUUGUGUCUUUGUUUAUUAUCAAACAUUUUGAUGCUACAAUAAAUUAAUUUCAAUAUUUUGCUUUUUCAUACCUUCGACAUCCAGUAAGGAGCUUACCUGAAAAAUCAUCUUACCUUAAAAUAACCUUGAAGGUCAUGGGCAGGUUCAUUGACAAAGUCUGCAAUUUGCAUUUCACGAAUAAAAUAAAUUUGAUCUUCAAAUGACCUUGAUAGUCAUAGACAAGGUCACGAACGUAAUGGGACAAGUUUCUUGCUUUUUUCGUCUCCGGCGUCAAAAAUAGGGGUUUCCAUUCAAGAAAACUGUCUUGACCUUGGAUACCCUGAAGUACUCAUAAGGAUCGUGGUCAAGGUCAUGGACAAAGACAGUUUACCGUAAAAUUUUCCUCUCUUUACAUUUCCGGUGUCAGAAAUAGGGGUUUGAUUUAAGAAAACUGUCUCGAUCUUCAAAUGACCUUAAGGGUCAUUGUAAAUUCGACGUUCAAGAUCACCAAUGGAUAAGGCUUUUCAAACCUUGCAACUUUACUGUAGAACAUUUCAUGGAAAACGUAUUUUAUGAAGUAACUUUUUCUAUUCAUACUUUUUGAACACCCUGUAUAUUUUCGCGGGUAAAACUAUGCCUAUAACUUUCUUCGGGGUUCAAUUAGUCAAUGUACUGAUUUUUACGUGUCUUAGUAGUGAGGCUCAGACAUUCAUAUUUAUAUAGAUUUUAUAUUGAAAAGCGUUCCAAAAGUGAUAAUUAUUUUUUGUGUGGACUCUGUGCACUGUAGGAAUUAGAUGAUGUAAUCAUUUAUUGGUAUUAGCUUGUACAUAUAUUUUAAAUACCUAUGUAUACAUAUUUUCUUGUAUAAUACUACGAUCUGUCCAUAUUAGCAUCAGUGUAGCUUUUUAUAAUGAUUUUUAUAUUAUAUUGUCCAUUUUUAUAUUAUAAUAUUAUGCGUAAUCUUUUUUGUGAUAUAUAUUCUAAAAUUUUUAAAUAUAAUGAAUGUGUAAUAAUAGAGUCCUUGGACAUCAACGAUACUUGUCCGUUAUUCUAUCAUGAAAAUUGAUGAACGUACGACGCGUACAAAUAAAAUCUUGGUCGUUUUGCAAAAUUUUCAGACAUUGUGAUAGAAUGAAGGAAAAUCUAUAGACGAAGAAACUUAACCGUGUACUACCUACACGUCUUGAGAGAAGAAGCUAUAUGACUUUGAGGUACAUUCUCUCCAUUCAAGGUUAUUUUGUACACGUACUUUGCAGUAAGUAAUAUGUUUUAUUUGUUCCACUUUCCUUAACGUUGUGGGUAUAGUUCAACAUAUUAUAUUUUCAUUGGAUUAUAUCCUGUAAUUCAUC